GAAUAGAGGGAAGUAUAAAAGAUGCGCUUCUUCAUCACGUCUGCAGUUAAAGUAUUUGGGUGAAUAAAUUGUAUAAAACCGUGUAACAAAAAUGAAAAUGAUCUUUGUCCUCUUCGCCAUCAUGGCUGUGGCUGCUGCCGCCCCUCAACAGGCAGAUAAGGAUGCCGUUGUUACCAAAUACGAUAGCGAUAAUACCGGAAUCGAUGGAUACAAUUUCGCAUUUGAGACGAGCAAUGGCAUCUCCCAACAAGAAUCUGGUCAACUAGCAAACGUAGGGAGUGAAAACGAGAGUAUGCAAGUCAAAGGAUCAUACACCUUCAACUGGAAUGGAGUUACUUACACAGUGACCUACAUUGCUGACGAAAAUGGAUUCCAACCUCAAGGAGAUCACAUUCCGAAAUAAAAAUAUUCGAUAAUAAUGAUGAUCAAUGAUAUUUUUUCCUAGAGAUCUCUACAAUUUCUGGAAAGAACUGUUUGUUAUUUUUGCUGUAAAUAUUUUUGUAAGUGAAUAAAAGAAUGAUUCGAGAAAGCCAAUA